GCUGUAUACUUGUACUUAGUAGUAACGUUACUGUCUGGAUGCUAGGGAAUAAUAUACAAUCCUUUGCUCUAGAUACUAAGCAAAGCCCUGACAUUUAACUUUAACUUUAGUGUUACUGUAUCAAACAAUCAAACAUUUCAGUUUAUUGCUUCCAGUGUGCACUCGCCAUGUCAAAACGUCGUUGUCAACCAUGUGAAAAACUUCCUGAUCUGAAUUGAACGAGUUUGGAUUCAAUGUGAUUGUGCUCUACUAUUGUGCCGAAUCUUCGAUCGCAUCAUAUCGCCGUGCUGCCGAUGGUUGACUUUUAUGCUUAUGAGUUCCAACAAGUUCUGUUUUGAGAACAGUUUAGAAUAAUCGAGUUCAUAUAGGAUUCUUUUACAUAGCUUGAAGAUAAGAAUUUAAUUGUUUUAUUUGUUCGAGAUUUAGAGACAUUUUGACUAUUUUGCGCCAAUUAAGGAGCUUAGAGCAUACAAUUACGGCCUGCAAAUCAAAACAUAUCGAAUUUAUUUGCUGUUAAAGAAUUCUCAAAAGUUUUCAAGAGUUUAUAUUCAGGAAACUUUACUGAAGUGGAAUGAAAAAGUAUUCUUAUCAAGAUAUUAGUCUUAUUGAAUAGCAGGUAUAUAGUUCAGAAAAACUACUAACAUGAGAGCUUUUAUAUAUUUUAUUGCUCAUUUUUAUUAGAAGAAAAAAAAAGAGUUAAUUAUUUAUAUGAUAGUACUAUAUGAAUCUAAUAAUUAGGAGUCGUGCUUAGCAUGCUGUAUAUCUUUUCACAUAACAAAUGGUAUAUAUGCUUUUAAGAAGUUGAAGAAUUAAGAUAUGACUAGUAUGAACCUACAAAUGAAUGCAUUAACUGAGAAGCAAAUGUAGGAAUCUUAGAGGAUGACAGCAAUUAACAUUGUAUAUUCAUAAAUAUAUUUGAAUUCAAACGCACUACUGUGUAAAAAAAGUUCUUGAAUAUUUAUGUAUAUAAAUGCAAUUUUUAUUAUAUUCUGGAUUCCACCACAUAAAGGACUUCAACCUUCACCUGUGCUGACAAUUCUGGAGAUGUUAGAACAUUUUUAUUCCUUUUUUCACUUACUUUCCUCUUGAUAAGAAAGACGUGGCAAUUAGAAAUUAAGAAUAUUUUUUUUUUUUUUAGCAUUGAAAUACUGUUUCUGUGCAAGCUUUUGUGUGGAACACAGGAAAGCCACAGUUUGUUUCGCAUACAGUUCUAUUUUAGGAUUAUUGUACUUGACAGUUUACUGAUACAUUAGACAACAUGACUGAUGUGGAAGUCGCGCAGGACUUAACCAUGGACAACAGACCUGGGAAAGACCAGAGUGACCAAUCAGACCAAAGUGAUUUAAGUCAUUCUGAAGAAAAUAACAAUGAGUGCAAAUCAUCUGAAACAACUGAUGAACUCGCUUCAUUAAAGAAUACCUAUGUUUGUAAUGUAUGCAACGAAGGAUUUUCUCAGAAAAGUGUUUUGAUAAUUCAUUUAUUUUCUCAUGCGAAAGAGAUACCUUGUGUGUGUGAAAAAUGCGGGAAAGAGUUUAGUCAUAUGAGCGAUUUAGUGAAACACAUGCGUAUUCAUAGGAGAGAAAAAUCUCAUGUGUGUGAGAUUUGCAGUAAAACAUUUUCCUUAAAAAGAAAUUUAAUAAUCCAUUUACGCACGCAUUCGAAAGAAAAACCUUGUGUGUGUGAGGAAUGCGGGAAAGCGUUUAGUGAUAGAAGCAAUUUAGGGAGACACUUGCGAAUUCAUACGCAAGAAAAACCCCAUGUUUGCGAGGUAUGCAACAAAGCUUUUGGUCAAAAGAGCCAUUUAAAACGGCAUGCUCUUUCACAUACGGGAGAGAAAUCUAACGUGUGCGAGAUAUGUGGUAAAAGUUUUGUCAAGAAAGCUUUUUUCAGAAAGCACAUGCUUACUCAUCCAGAUGGGAAGGGUUUCGUUUGUGACGAAUGCAACAAAGAAUUCACAUCAAAAAAGUAUUUAAACGCUCACUUGCUUAUCCAUGCAAAAGAGAAGCAGUUUGGUUGCGAUGUGUGUGGAAAAGCAUUUAUUACAAGAGAUUACUUAAGGAAACAUUCUCUGACUCAUUUAAACCAGAAACAGUACCCAUGUGAGAUAUGUCACACGUCAUUUUCUAAAGAAAGCAAUUUAAAAGUGCAUUUAAGAAGCCAUUCAACUGUGAAAUCUGAGGUAUAAGAGAAAUUUGUUAGAUAUUCUAUUAUGAAAACGAGUCAUUUCUUUUCUUAUACUAAUGAGACGCCUUUUAAAUGUAGUUUUGGUGAUAAAUCUAUAAUAUUAAGGGUCCUGAUAAAAAAACGAUGAGGAUUCCAUUUUUUUUAAAUUUUGCAUUAAACAAAAAAUCAGUUUACAGUCAUCUAGACUUGUUGCCAACAAUAUUAACACCAUUCGUUUGUUUUUAUAAUUUUAAUUGCGUAUUAAGGCAAUACAGCACAUCAUGAUGUCUCAAAAAUUUAUUUUAAAAAAUGUAUAUAAUACUAUUUUGAGUGGAUAAAAAUAUUUUAACAAUAUUUUGAUGUAUCAGAAAUAUAUAAAAAAAAUCCAAUUUAAUUCUCUGGCUCUACUAUUUCAUCAGUAAAAAUUGUUUUAUUUUAUGAAGUUUAAGAUUCAACAGUUUGGAAUAGAGUAUUCUUGCUUUAGGUUUAACCAGAAUUUUUUUUUUAAUUUUUAUAGUUACUUUUAUUUCACCAAUGAAAUUGUUAUGGGUCUGUCAGUGUUGCCCUUAUUUUUUUUCUCCACUUUAUGGGGCUUGCCACACCAUUAAAGCCUUAAAAAAAGCACCACGAUGAAAAAUCUUGCUAGGAGUUAGCCGUGAACAUCAUCUUUUAAAAAGGAACCUUAUGAUUUUCUCUCAGCUGACUUCCAAUUGCCUUUUUCAAAUCAAGGCUAUUUUGAGUAGACAGCAUUGAGCAUAUUAUAUCCAUUGAGCUGACAAAAGACUGAAGCCUCAAAAUCAGGAGGUGGAGAGAGAGGAUUGGACCCUCAUCGUUUUUCUUCCGAAUCCUUCAUACAAAACAAAAAUUAAAUAAAUAAAAGUACUGCUUCAAAACGACGAAUAACAACAUUACGAAAUUCAUCGGAUACUAUUCUGAAGUCUGUUUUUGAAAGUCAAAUAAAAACAAUUAUUUUUCCAGAUAUUUAAUUACGUAAGAAGAAGAGUUGUGAUAAAUCUUAAAUAAGCAUAAUUAUUUAAGACGUAAGUUAACUCAAAAUGGUGAAGAAAAUAUUUGUAUAUAUGGGUAAGCGCAGAAAUACAUUAAUGGAAAUAAAGGUCAUUCAGAUCGCGGCAUUUAAAACCAGGAUUAUAAAAAACGAGUUUUAAUCUAGCAAAGGCUGAGCCGGCUUGUAAAGCAAGUUUCUAUGGACAAAUUACAUUGAAUAACAUAUGGACUAUAUUCAGAUGUUAUUUUUUUCUUCAUAUGCCGUUAUAGUUUUAUUAAUUUUACAAAAAUAUUUAUCGUCUUAUAACAUGAUUCAAAGUAUGAAUCAAACAAAAUUAUACCCUUUGUAUCAUUUAAUCUGAAUAAAUUAUUUACA